UCACAGUUUGUUAUCUUGAAUUUUAAAAAGUUAAAAACCACUUAUUGGUAGAAGCUCAAGAUUCUCUUGUUAAUUUAUUAUUCAAUUUGUUUAUCGACUUACUAAACAUCAGUCAUUUAUACAUUAGUGCUCAUCCAGAAAAUAUGAAAUACAACGUGAAGAUAGGCAUCAUUGGUGGAUCAGGACUUGAUGAUCCAGAUUUUUUUAAAGAUGCAACUGAGCAAAAAGUGAGCACUCCUUAUGGCGAUCCAUCAGAUAUGCUCAUCAGCGGAAAACUCAACGGUAUCGAUUGUGUGCUAUUAGCCAGGCAUGGACGUAAACACUCAAUAAGUCCUACCAAUAUAAAUUAUCGUGCCAAUAUUUGGGCUUUGAAACAUCUAGGAUGUACACAUAUUAUUGCAUCGUCAGCAACCGGUUCUUUAAAAGAAGAAAUUAAGCCUGGAGAUUUAGUAAUUUUGGAUUCUUUCAUUGAUUUAACCAAAAAACGUGACUUAACUAUGUUUAAUAAGGAUGAUCAAGUCGUACACAUACCAAUCGAACCUGCGUUUUGUUUAGCUACUCGGAAUAUUAUUAUUGAAACUGCCCAAAGCCUUGGCAUUCGUGUUCACCAAACUGGUACAGCUGUAGUUAUUGAAGGACCUAGAUUCUCGACAAAAGCUGAAAGUAAUGUAUAUCGAUCAUGGAAUGCUGAUUUGGUCAAUAUGACACUUGUUCCAGAGGUUGUACUGGCUAAAGAAGCAGGUUUGCUAUAUGCCACAGUAGCCAUGGCUACAGACUAUGAUUGUUGGAGAGAAGCAACAGAAAAAGUCAAUGUUGCAAGUGUUAUCAAAGUUUUUCAAGAAAAUGUUAAAAAAAUCACAAAAUUAUUUAUAGCAGUUGUACCCAAAAUAGCAGAAAAAAAUUGGGAUGUUGAAAUCGAUGAACUAAAUAGUCUCAUUCAAGAGAGUGUGCAGAGUAAAUGAAAAUGAAACAUUACAAUGAAGACAUCAAACAAUAUUUAUCUCCAUAUUUGUAAAAAUAUUGUUUCUAAAUACAACAUUUAAAUACAAUAUAAUUCUGCUUUCA